CAGUUUUACUCCCUGUUACAAAGAGAAGUGGUUGCCAAUAACACCCUUCAACAUGAGGCAGUUACCAUUUUUGCCCCCAUUAACGAAGCAUUUCAAAAAUUGGGACUUGGAAAAGAAGAUGAUCCCCGUUUGGUACGAUACCAUCUGAUUAACGUACCAAGGACCAGCAAUAAUUUAGGGGAUUUGAAAAAGCCUAUUGCACUACCGUCAGAAUUGCCUGGGCAUCCUCCCCUCUGGAUAACCAUAAGGCAAGACAGAUAUCACAAUGAUAUCUAUGUUAAUAAUGCCCGUAUGGUUCUAAACCAAUCAAACGUUAAGGGACGAAACAAAGGAAUGUUACAAGUGUUGCACAAAAUCGACGAAGUUCUUAUGCCGGUUAUGUCAUUGCCAUCGGCCAGUAAUCCCCUCUACAACCCAACCGCCUGGGAGUUCCUCUCUCAAUUCGAAUUUCUCGACAUACAUCCCUACAGGCUCAGGUCGUUCCGGCAAAGGGUCGAGCAUGAACACAAAAAGGCCAUAUUCGAAAACGACGGCGGACACACUUUUUUCAUUCCCGUCGACGAGGGAUUUAAGAAUUCGAGAUUGGAAUCAAUCGAUUCAAAGGUGAUUGAUGGACACGUCAUACCCGGUGAAGUGUUAUUCACUUCGGCAACUCCUAGAGAAAUCCCUUAUAAAUCAGCUGCUUUCGAAGAUAAUCUAAAGGUUGUUCUCACAUUUUCGGAAGAAACCAACGGAAAAUCCAAGACAGAAUUCGAACGGCAAAGAUGCGUUGCACGUGUGUCGGUACCCCAAGUAGCGGUUAAUGCCCUUCUGAAUUCGAGAUUGGAAUCAAUCGAUUCAAAGGUGAUUGAUGGACACGUCAUACCCGGUGAAGUGUUAUUCACUUCGGCAACUCCUAGAGAAAUCCCUUAUAAAUCAGCUGCUUUCGAAGAUAAUCUAAAGGUUGUUCUCACAUUUUCGGAAGAAACCAACGGAAAAUCCAAGACAGUUUAUAUUAAGAGCAACACUUUGAUGGGCGACAACCGUCAUCCUACAGGAGUCGUGUUUGCAGAGAUAGUCAAGGCUAAUAUUCCAGUUCAAAACGGCGUCAUUCACUUAAUUCACAAGCCGCUAAUGAUCGUCGACUUCACUGUCAAACAGUUUAUCGAGGACGGGUAG